UAUAUAUUAGUUGACUUCAGAUAUGUAAACUCAUAAAUAAACUGGUGGUUAAACAGAACAAACGAUCAUACAAUGUAUAGAAGAUCAGAAAGAAAGAGAAAACAAACGGACAGGGCUUAUAGUGGAGUUGCUUCGGCAGCGGCUAAGAAGGCGAAGCACCAACAUUCAGACGUUGCAAUUAAAAUGGAAAAUCAAAUAGGGGUGGACAAUUCGACGAAACUGUUGAAGCAAGACAAAUCAAUCCACAUCCCAAAGCUUUGCACCAUGUUUACCAAACACGUUGACAAAAUGAUAAACAGCCGUGAAAAAAUAAAAGCUUUUGUCCCUCUCUGUGGAAAAGCGGUUGAAAUAAAAUGGCUCUGGGAGAAAGGGCAUGAGGUUGUCGGAGUCAAUAGUGGUGAAAAGGCACUUAAAGAGUUUUUCGAAGAGUACAAGAUCAGAUACAGUAUAGUAAAAAUUCCAGCGGUUAAAGGGAAAUUAUAUAAAAGUUAUGAUGGAAGAAUACGGUUGUAUUGCUGCGAUUUUUAUCAGUUCAGCUCAGCUAUUGAAAGUGAAUUUGGAGCAGUUUGGGAUCAUAGCGGUUCUCUUAUUGCCUCCGAUUUGACGGAACAAGAAAAGUAUGUAGAUAUCAUCAAAUCGCUUAUGGGGGAAAAGUGUGUGAAUCUCACUGUUCUCGAUCAGUUAUCAGUGAACUAUGACAAAAUCAUGACUUGGUUCACAGACGGGUUUAGAGUCGAAGCAAGUGAUUAUGCGAAAUCUGACAAAACCCUAAAAUCUUUUGGCAUCAAAGGGCAUCAACUAUACACAAUUUUCAAGAUAUGA